UUUGUUUAUUCAGGUAUAGCUGACGAUAUGCUACAUUAUGCAGCCCUUUCUGUGGUCUAGGAAACUAUGUAUUAACAGGAAUAUGUCUCUGUAAGAAGAGACUGUGUUAAAAGAGACCGUCUCAAGAAGCGGCCCAGUUUUGUGUCGUCGUUGAAAAGCGUCGCAUGUUGAUCGUUUCCUCUAAAAAAUGAUGCUUGCCUGAGGGGACAUAAUGGACAAUGGCAAACUGAGCCGUGUGUGUCGGCCCCAGUGGAUCAGUGAAUCGUCCAAGGUGUUCCGCUGGGUGGAUCAAGCUGUGGAGGUGUUGCAGGGCCUCAACGAGCAGCGGCAGCACAGCCAGUUCUGUGAUGUGGUGCUGGUGGCUGACAACCAGCGGGUCCCUGCUCACCGAGCCCUGCUGGCCAUCUGCAGCCCGUACUUCCACGCCAUGUUUACCUUGGGCAUGAGGGAGGAACACCAGGAGGAGGUGGAACUGGUUGGAAUGUCCUACAUCGGUCUGAACGCUGUAGUGGACUUCCUGUACAGCGGAGAGCUGGUGUUGGAUGGUGGAAACAUUGACUAUGUGCUGGAAGCUGCCCACCUUCUGCAGGUGUGGCGAGUGGUGGAUUUCUGCUGCCAGUACCUGGAGAGGGAGGUGAAUGAGGAGAACUACCUGUACCUGCAGGAGCUGGCUCUGCUCUACAGUCUAGAGCGACUCGACACCUUCAUCGACCACUUCAUCCUCACACACUUUGCUACACUCUCUUUCACCCCCGAUUUCAUUCGUGACAUUCCUUUACACAAACUCAGCUCCUACCUCUCCAGUGGCCAGGUUCAGCAUGACAGCGAGGAGGUGCUUCUCCAGGCCACCCUGCAGUGGCUCAGCCAGACUCCCGAGCGGGCCGCCCACGCCAGACAACUCCUCUGCCACAUCCGCUUCCCUCUGAUGCCGGUGGGGGACCUAGUGGGCCGGGUAGUGCCGGCGGUGCGGGCCCUGCUGCCGGAGGAGGCCGGCUGUGAGGCCCUGGUGGAGGAAGCUCUGGGGUACCACGCCAGGCCCAGCGCCCAGCCACUCCUGCAAACAGGACGCACCACGCUGAGGGAAGGAGUAGAGCGGCUGCUGCUGAUUGGAGGAGAGGUAUCGGAACGUGGAGAGGAGCUGAGCGCCAAUGUUUGCCGGCUGGACGGUGAAACAGAAAGCUGGGAGGUAGAAACUGAGCUGCCGGCCCAGCGCAGCCACCACUGCCUGGCAGUGCUGGGGGGCUUCAUCUUCGCUGCUGGCGGCAGCUCGUCCAGGGACAACGGUGGAGACGCUGCCUGUAACCUUCUGUACAGAUACGACCCCCGCCACAACCAGUGGACCAGGGGUUCUCCAAUGAACCAGCGGCGAGUGGAUUUUUACCUGGGGGCAGUGGGAGAGUGCCUGAUCGCCGUGGGUGGAAGGAAUGACACCGGAGCUUUGUCCUCAGUGGAGGUAUACUGUCCCGCUGAGGACUGCUGGUCCUACGUGGCAGGACUGCCCAGGUUUACCUAUGGCCAUGCUGGAACGGUCCACCAUGGCAUAGUCUACAUCUCAGGCGGUCACGACUAUCAGAUCGGCCCAUACCGCCGAGAUGUCCUGAGUUAUGAUCCAUCACGGGACAGUGAUGUGUGGGUGGAACGCCAGGCCAUGUCUCUAGCCCGGGGCUGGCACUGCAUGGCCUCCCUCAACCACCUCAUCUAUGCCAUUGGGGGCAGCGAUGACCACGAAGACACCACAGAGCGCUUCGACAUCCUGCAGGUGGAGUCCUAUGACCCACGCUGUGGCCAGUGGACCCAGGUGGCACCGCUGCUGCUGCCCAACAGCGAGGCGGGGCUUGCAGUCUGGGCAGGGAGGAUCUACGUGCUUGGGGGCUACAGCUGGGAGAGUAUGGCAUUUUCCAGAGCCACUCAGGUGUACAACCCUGACAAGGACUCAUGGUCCAGAGGGCCAGACCUUCCGAAAUGCAUCGCAGGGGCCUCAGCAUGUGUGUGCACUGUGAAGCCUUUACCAUCAUCACCCUCUCUGGAGAAGAAGAUGGGACAAGGGGUCAAAGGAAUAUCGCACGCCACGUAACAACAAUGAUGAAGGACUGACCUUUGGCACUCAUAGCCUGAUACAUACUUCUGAUACAAACUCUUUAAUAGAAGACAAAUAUUUUACAGUAUCCGAAUCAUUUUCUCGCAAGCCCAGAGGCACUGCAGCAUCACAACGAGGGAGAGGAGGACAACUGAUCAAUGUAUGUUGACAGAAACAACAUCAUAUGAUGGACAGUCUUUGUACUGCAUUUGCAUUCACAGUUAGAUAUUCUCUGAAGAGAGCAAUCAUUUUUGUGUCCUUGGUACAGUAGAUAGAAAAGUAUACUUUAGCACUCAGACGUCUGUUUUUUUAAAGUCAGGAAAUGAGAGCUUGUAGAAGUUCAAAGGCUGGAUGGUGGGUUAAUUUUAAGUGUAAACAUGCUAGAUGUGUUUAAGGUUGGGAGUUGUACUCUUGCACUCUAGUCUGAGCUAAUCUCCACCAUGCACACAGGAAAGCCACCCGGAAGGUCGACUUAAAAUCGGGUAUACCCGCAGAUUCUUUUGUACAAUGCUGAUUGUUUGGAGCUGCUAAAAGCGGUAGAAUUGACAUUAUCUAACAAAGAUAUUGUAACCACUGCCUUUGGAGUACAAAACAUUUAAAUGAUUAUUUAUGUGUUAUUUUAGAAGUAUCUGGACAAAUGUUUACUUAUCUGCGGACCGAAAAGCCUCAUCUGUACUCCUAUGUCACACACCAAAGCACAAAGUCUCACAGAUAAAUUGUUACAUGCUUUAUUAAGGUCCAUCCAGCAAUGCCUACCAAAACACACACAUAUACAGAGAGUGUAUCUAAUGAAAUUAUAAGUAUUGUAUAUUGUAAUAAGUGUUUCAGAAUUA